AUGUCUUCGUCUCAGCAAUUGGGCACCCACCAGGCGGAAGGAAUACAACAGACGCAAGUUGCUUUUAUUCCGCGCCGAGAGGUGACACUUCAUUUGCGUCCCGCCCCCUCAUCGGCUUCCCGGGACCGACACAUCUCUUGGGAGGCUAACGUAAAGGAUAACCAAAACCAACGCGUAAGUAAGAGUUGCUGCAUUUUCCACAAAAAGAAACUCUUUGGUGAGAGCAGCAGUGAUGAUGACAGCACUAGUAGUAGUUGUAGUGAUCAGGAUGACAGCUGCCACGGUUGUGCAAACAACAAUGAGGCGAAGCAAAAUGGUGAAGCCUGCGGUGAUGGUGAGGGUGGCGCAGGAGCUCAGGGGUCAUGCGGUAGCCGUCGCAAAAAGCGUCCACCGUGCACGAGAGAACAUUGUUAUUGUGGAACUCGGUUUCACUGA